AUGAAUUCCCCCACAUCGCACAGCUUGUUGCUUGUGUUUUGCCUGAUGCAGAGCAUUCAUGCUAGAUCUCUAUGGUCAACAGAGCCAGCAAAUAACUUCACAGAUAUAAUCAGAACGGCAUAUCCAAUCGGCAAUGGGAGAUUAGCAGNNGUACUGAUCCCACUCAACUACCCAAGCACGUUGAAUUCAACUCAUCCAGUCACAGCACUUCCAUUUGGCAAUCCUGGACACGAAAAGAUUAGCCUCAAUGUAGACUCUUUGUGGAGUGGUGGGCCAUUUGAGAAUUCGAGCUACAAUGGAGGCAAUCCCCAAUCUUCUGUGUCAUCUGCGCUACCAGGAGUCCGUGACUGGAUCUUCAAGAAUGGCACAGGAAACGUCACCGCUCUGAUGGGAGACAAUAACAACUAUGGCAGCUAUGCUGUUCUUGGUAAUCUGUCCAUCUCGAUUGACAAUAUAUCGAACUUCACAGGCUACAACAGAUCUCUUGAUCUGGUCACUGGUGUGCAUACAACGACGUUCGAAGCAGGCGAAAGCAAGUAUACAAGCCAAAUUUAUUGCUCCUAUCCAGAUAAUGUUUGCGUCUACGAGCUGACUUCGCGUGACUUUCUACCGACUAUUCACAUCUCAUUUGAGAAUCAGCAAUCCAAUACAACGCUUGUCAAGUCUGCAUGUUCAGCGUCCACGAGGACUGCGUCACUAUCGGGCAUAACUCGAGCAGAUAUUGGCAUGUCUUAUCGUGCCGAAGCAAAAUUUGUCGGUAAACCCUUAUCGCUUUCUUGCUCCUCAGGAGUCCUCACAAUCAAGCCUGGCUCGAAGCAGAGAUCGCUCGCUCUUGUGGUUGCGGCCAGCACUAACUACGCAGAGGCAGAAGGAAACGCAACAGCCAACUACUCAUUCAAGGGCCCAGAUCCAGGCGACUACGUCGCUACCGAAGCAGGAUCUGCAGCAGCAAAAGGCGCCAAAGUCUUACUACGACGCCACAUUACAGACUACUCGGCUCUAUCCUCGCGCUUCGCACUCGAGCUCCCAGAUACCGCUGGAUCAGCAGGUAAACCAACAGCAAAUCUGAUAGCUGCCUAUCAAGGCACGGUGAACAUCACAAGCGACCCUUACUACGAGUCUCUUCAAUUCGACUACGGCCGCCACCUUUUCAUCUCCUCUUCACGCCAAAACUCACUUCCACCAAAUCUCCAAGGGAAAUGGGCCUAUGGGCUCGAGAAUGCGUGGGGUGCAGACUAUCACGCCAACAUCAACCUGCAAAUGAAUCAUUGGGGAGUAGACCAGACCGGACUAGGCGAACUUCAAGAGGCGUUGUGGCGAUACAUGACAGAAACCUGGGUCCCUCGCGGUACCGAAACUGCGAAUCUGCUUUACGAUGCACCGGGCUGGGUAACUCACGACGAGAUGAAUAUCUUUGGCCACACAGGGAUGAAGACUGGCGAUGAGUAUUGGGCAGAUUAUCCAGCAUCGGCAGCUUGGAUGAUGUUGCACGUGUUUGACCACUUCUCAUAUUCGCAAAAUAUUGACUGGCUGCGUGAGACAGGGUACCAUUUACUUGAAGGUGUAUCGUCGUUUUGGCUCAGCCAGCUGCAAGAGGAUAAAUGGCUCCACGAUGGAAGUUUAGUGGUCAAUCCUUGCUCCUCGCCAGAACAUGGAUCCACUACUUUCGGCUGUGCUCAUUAUCAACAGCUCAUCCACUCUCUCUUCAUGAAUACCAUAGCUUCUGCCGGAGCCUUGAAUUACUCAUCUCCUCUCCUUCCAAAACUCACCGAGGCACUACAGAGGCUAGACAAAGGGCUCCAUAUCAACCCUACCCUCCACACAAUCCAAGAAUGGAAGAUCACUUCCCUUGACACGUUAUACAACACAAAGUCCACCCACCGCCACCUCUCCCACCUCGUAGGCUGGUUCCCAGGCUCCUCCCUCUCCGGCCUCCUAAACGGCUACACCAACAUCUCCAUCUCCUCCGCCAUCAAACAAACACUCAUCGACCGCGGCCCCGGCAUCGCCGACGCAAACGCCGGCUGGGAANAAGUCUGGCGAGCAGCUUGUUGGGCCCGUCUAAAUGCUUCCUCUCAAGCUUACGAUGAACUCCGCCUCACCAUAUCCCAAAACAUAGCUAGCAAUGGGCUUUCUAUGUAUUCGGGCAAGAAUGAGCCUUUUCAGAUUGAUGCGAAUUGUGGAUAUGUAGGGGCGGUGUUGGCGAUGUUGGUGGUGGAUAUCGAGGAACUGGGGGACGUGAUCUUGGGACCAGCGAUACCGAGAGAGUGGGCUGGGGGUAGUGUUAAAGGGUUGAGGGUUAGAGGUGGUGGAAGUGUAGGUUUUGGUUGGGAUGAUGAGGGAUUAGUGCAGUGGGCGAAGUGUUUAGGAGUUAAGAGAAAGGUCGUCAAUCUCGAAGGGACAGUAUUGUGUUAG